AGGAAGGAGUGGGCGGAGGGAGGGUGACAGAUACGAUUGAAAAGAGGGUGGAAGAGGAGCAACUGACAGGCUCAAGAGCAGGAGGAGUGGGCAGCUGGGGACGAGGAGCCAGAGGGCCACGGAGCCGACGGAAACUCCAGGCAGGAGGGAGAGAGGAAGGAGUCUUGGUGUCUGUCUUCUCCUGGGCCAAGAUGGGUGACUGGAGCUUCCUGGGCGAGUUCCUGGAGGAAGUGCACAAGCACUCCACAGUGAUCGGCAAGGUCUGGCUCACCGUCCUCUUCAUUUUCCGCAUGCUGGUGCUGGGCACGGCUGCCGAGUCAUCCUGGGGGGACGAGCAGGCUGAUUUCCAGUGUGACACGAUUCAGCCCGGCUGCGAGAACGUCUGCUACGACCAAGCCUUCCCCAUCUCGCACAUCCGCUACUGGGUGCUGCAGAUCAUCUUCGUGUCCACGCCGUCCCUGGUGUACAUGGGCCACGCCAUGCACACGGUGCGCGUGCAGGAGAAGCGGAAGCUACGCGAGGCCGAGAGGGCCAAGGAGGUUCCGGGCGCCGGCUCUUACCAGUACCCAGUGGCCGAGAAGACAGAGCUGUCCUGCUGGGAAGAAGUGAAUGGAAGGAUCGUCCUCCAGGGAACCCUGCUCAACACCUACGUCUGCAGCAUCCUGAUCCGCACCACCAUGGAGGUGGCCUUCAUUGUGGGCCAGUACCUCCUCUAUGGGAUCUUCCUGGACACUCUGCAUGUCUGCCGCAGGAGUCCCUGCCCCCAUCCCGUCAACUGUUAUGUGUCCCGACCCACAGAGAAGAACGUCUUCAUCGUCUUUAUGCUGGCUGUGGCUGGACUGUCCCUUUUCCUCAGCCUUGCUGAACUCUACCACUUGGGCUGGAAAAAGAUCAGACAGCAGUUUGUCAAGUCCCGGCAGGGCAUGGCUGAGUGCCAGCUUCCCGGCCCUGCUGCUGGCAUGGUCCAGAGCUGCACGCCACCCCCCGACUUCAAUCAGUGCCUGGAGAAUGGCCCGGGGGGGAAAUUUUUCAGUCCAUUCAGUAACAAGAUGGCCUCCCAGCAGAACACAGACAACCUGGCCACCGAGCAGGUGCGAGGCCAGGAGCAGAUCCCUGGAGAAGGUUUCAUUCACAUCCGAUAUGCCCAGAAGCCUGAGGUACCCAACGGAGGCUCCCCGGGGCAUCGCCUCCCCCAUGGCUACCAGAGCGACAAACGCCGUCUCAGCAAGGCCAGCAGCAAGGCCAGGUCAGAUGACCUAUCAGUGUGACCAUCCAGGGUGGGGGGACCAGGACCAGCUGGGAACAAACGAGGCUCAGAGAGGGAAGAUGUGUCCCUUCUGACCCCAGCUCUCCCAUUCUCAUCACUGCUCUGCUCCUUCUGGGCCCUGGGUCUCAAUGGCAUUGCUCAUUUAUUCCAGAAGGUAUGACCAGGGCUUUGCGAGGUCUGUCAGAGACGUGGCUACGCACUCAGGUUGCUGUCCUUUCCCCAUCCUCUACCCAGUACACUCAGUGAAGCCUUUCAGGUGACUCGGUGAAUGGGACGGAGGAAGGGAAGAGGACCGUGGCAAUUCUGGCUUGGGAGGGACAUCCAGAGGGACAGGGUGACUCCCUACAUAGCAGCCCCAGAUCAGAUGGGCUCUCCAAGUCCCUGUGGCUCCCUUGGCCUGGUCACCCUUCCUCCUGCAACGAAGGAGCCCAAAGUUCCCAGCCAAUGGGAGUAAGAAUCAAGGAACUUGCAUUAGAAAUGCUCUUGAAUCUGUGGUCUCCUAGCACCAUGCCUUGGCUUGGUGGUGAGGUCACCACUGGCUGCUCUUACCUCUACCCAGUCUUACUUAAAAAGAGGUCCUUGAACUUGACCAGCAGCCUCAACUUUACAAGUGCCUUGGUAUCUUCCUCUGGCAAACUUCUCACCUUGGUGAAUCUGAAGCCUUUCCUUCUGCCAAGGUGUACAACCAGCCCACGGGGGUGAAAAUCUCCCCUGGGAAGUCACUGUGCACACGACUCCGCUGGAAUUCCUGCCACCACAUGCCGUCCUGCAGCUCUGUUACAGUUCAACCUGGUGACAGAAACCAUCCCUUGCCUUCCUCCCUUGGCUGUUCAUCCAGCGCUCCCCUAAAAAUCUUAUUGACCAGAAUGCCCAAGAAGCUGUCGCCCUCUCUCAGAAUCUGACCAGACCACCAGCCGUGGAGGCCAGUGGAGUGGUCCCAGUUCUUAUUAAAACAAAGAGGGCAUUGUGCUUCUCAGAUUCCCCUUGGGAAAAAAUAAUUCUGCUGUGAAGAUAAAAAUAAAAAAGAAGAGAAAAUACUGGAAAAUGCUUUUUCCUUCCUAUUUAUUCCCGUGCUGUCUGCCAACUUAGAGUGCCAAGAGGAAGUGUGAUGACAACUGUGGAGGCCCCAGAUCACUCCUUCCCCGGGGGAGGCAGCAGGGAAUCUCCGGCUCUCUUGGCAGGGUGCUUGUGCAAGAGCAGAGGGACUCCUGUGUCUCCCUGGUGCUCCUCAAGACACUGCGAAGAGCAGUGGGGACAGCAGGAAAGCCCUGCCUUGCCGGAGGCUGGCCUGGCUUCUCUAUGCAGUGCGUCCGUAACGGGUGGUUGCCAUUUUGGUUGAAGGUGAAGGAUGAUCAGAACUGGGUGCUGACACUUACAGGGAGAUGAUUGCUUUUUAAAAUGCACGUGUGUGUUUGUGGAUGUAUAUGUACGCUGAUAAGGUGGGUGAAGGGGAGGGGGUCCUGAAACGAGGACAAGAUACCUUAGGGACACUUGUGUCCUGCCUUUUCCUCCAGAUGCCCAGCAGAGGGGCCGAGCCUCACUGUUGUCAGUGCUGUCAACCUAAACAGGUAGACACAAGAGGUCGGGGCAGAGGGGGUUGAAGGCUCAUGGGAGGCUCAGCCUCUGCCCCACGUGUCCAUCUCCGGGCCCCUCCGCUGAUACUUGGAUGUAACUGGUGGGUGGAGAGAAGGGGGAGGGUAGACGGCUGGAGGAAACCGACUCAGAAGCCAUUUAGGGAAGAACUGGUCAUCCCAGGUCCCUGGAGGGGACACCUUUUAAUCUACUGUCUGGCACUGGCAUUAAGACUCUCUCUCCAAAAUGAAACAAAGAAGACUCUCCUUCCAUCUCUGAAGUGCAUUUGUUUUCUGAAAUGAGUGUUCUUGGAUUAGAAAUUCUCUGAGGUCAGACCUUGAUGAGGGGGCUUUCAGGAAGGGAAAAGGAAAUAACAUGUGUGGUUUGUCCUAAUAAAGUCAGGCCCUACA